AUGUCCGAUCCCUAUUCUGUUCCCGGUACCUUCAUCGGUCGACCAACGCAGCGAGAAGACUUCUCGCAUGAAACUGCCACCGUAAGCCUCGCAGGAGAGAGCUACUUCUUUAGUGGCCCAGCAAGAAGCUACGGACGAGUUCACAGAGGGAUGGGAGGUCAACCAAAACUUGACUUUGAUCAUCGAAAGGGGCUCGACAAGACUGCAUACAUCAUCCUUGGUCCCGAUCCACACUUCUUCCAAUACAGUUCUGACCUUGAGGAUUAUGGGGAGAUUGCAGAUCUUUACACAGAACAUGAUGUUGAACGCCCAUCAUUCCUCUAUCUCGGUCCUAACAAGACUUUCUACACUCGUGUAGACGAUGGAACUGAGAAGUGGGAGCUCCCUCAUGAGAUAGUCCGUCGAGGCUUACAGGUGACAUCUGACGCCGUUCGAUCUGCGGUUGACAGUCUUUGGCUUGGUGUAGGUAACGCUUGGGUUGCGCAGUAUCGGGACAAUCGCUUCAGAUUCGAUCUCCGGGGUCAAUAUGCCAACCUGGAGCCGGUUUUGCGUCAGAAACAGGAUCAGGAGGUCUCUAUAAAUGCGCUGGCAUUGAAUGUGGUUGAUGGAGAGUCUUAUGUCUGUGUCUUUAACGAUGGAGAUGUGGUAUACGAGGCUGGUUCAGCUCGCUUUGAUGGAAAGGAACUUGAAGCUUGGUGUGAGCAGAACUUUAGAUUCACUCAGAGACUGAGACUCGCUUAG